GUUUUGGUGUUUCUGUGCCACACAGAAGCGCAGCAGCUGCAAGCGUGAUUCCGGCUCUGAUCCGUGGCGGGACGUGGAGCGUCUCCAUGCGGCGUUAGAGGUGGAGCGCAGCCGCAGCCAGCAGGCCCACCGGCGCUUCUCUCUGGAGCUGCGGAGGCAACGUGAGGAGGCUCGUGAGGAGCGAGAACGAGCACUGAGAGAGCUGACCUACCGACUCCAGCAGCAGAAGACGCUGGAGCUGCUGAGACAGCGGGAGGCUCUGGGCCGAGAGCGUGCGGCGGAGGUCCGGCGUCUGUUACGCUGGCGGAGUCAGGAGUUGAAACGUAGCGAGAACUUGACGCUCAGGCAAACCCAAGAACUGCAUCGUCGGCUAGCGGAUGAGAUCGCCGGGAGAUCAGCGUUUCAAGGUCUCAAACUUGGAUGUAAGGGCAACGGGGCAGCGUAUCGGAAACUCGAGGAACUCUUAAAGACUCUGCGUGCUCAGGCAGACGGUCGGCAGGUCGCUGUCCUUCAGCAGGAAGUGGAAUUCGAGAACAGCUACUUCCUGUGCCACCUGCUGGAAGCUCACAGCGGGACGUCCCAUGCUGUGAAACCAUCCAGACCGAGGUCGAAGAGUUGUGUGCAUCUGCUCGCGCAAGGCCAGAGCAACCCAGAAUCCUGUAAGGUAGGAAAACUCGCUCUAUUCCGCUCUCGUUCACUAACCCAGACAUCCCCGAAUGAUUGUCCUCAACCUAUGAAGAAGAAAAAGAAGCAGAACUGCGAAACGUGUCCUCUCAGCUCAUCUCCCACUGAGGAAGAGGAUUUACCUGAGCCGUGUUCAUCUGAUGAAGGAUUGGAGAAGUGCUCACCAUCCAGAUGUUCAGAGGACAAUAUGGAUGAUCUGAAUGGCAGGGAUCACGGUGUCCUGCUGCGUCAGAACUCAGAGCUGCUGCGAGCGCUGGAGGAGAUGGAGAAAUCAUGCAACGCUCUCAGAGACGAGAACAAGAUACUGAGGAAGAGCAGUUCUCCAGAGACCGAGGAGAAGGUGAAGAGGCUGAGGAAGAAGAACACGGAGCUCGCCGUCAUCGCCAGACGUCUGGAGGACAGAGCACGGAAACUACAGGAAGCCAACCUGAAAGUGGUGAAUACUCCGAUGCCGGUGAGAGCGGGCGCUGUGGAGCAGUACAAGCGAGCGUUCGCCCGUCAGAGAGCCAGAGACCUGGCGCUGCACGCAGACACACUGCUGUGUAAAGACAAGCAGAUCGCAGCGCUGCAGCACGAGUGCAGACAGCUGGAGACACGGCUGGGACAGGGGACGGGUCCUGUGGGCGUCAGUGAGUUUGAGCGUCUCCUGAAGGAGUCUCAGAAGGAGGUGCUGCGUCUGCAGAGACAGCUGUCUGUCACCUCCAGCAGAGACAGGAGCAGUGUGACAGGAGAAAACCCUUCAGAGACACAGGACCGAGACGGCAGGGUUGUGUUUGAAGCCCCGCCCACAGUAGUAGAUGAGGCCCCUGUUAAAGGGGAGGAGACUCCUGCAGAGGGGGAGGAGUCAGAGACACAAGUGAAGCCCGAACAGGGCACAGGCUCCACCCACCAGGAAGAGCGGACCACAGAAGAACGUCUUCAGUUACUGGAAAGUGAGUUGGGCAAGAAGAGGAAAGAAUGUGAAGUUCUUGAGCAUGAGGUGCGGAAGAGACAGAAACGAUGUCUCGAUUUGGAGAACCAGCUAGUGGACGAGCGCAGCAGAAAUGAGCACUUAGUGGAGGAGGCAGAACUCCUCAGGAGAAAGGCUCAGCUGCUCCACCAGUCGCAGGCUGAAAAUGAGGAGCUGAAGGAACAGCUCUGUGUUUUGAACGCUCAGCGUAGUUCAGUUCUGGAGGAGAACCAGCGACUCCGUGCAAAGCUGGAGAACCUAGAGCAGGUCCUGAAGCACAUGCGAGAGGUCGCCGAGCGCAGGCAGCAGCUGGAACUGGAGCAUGAGCAGGCACUGGCUAUCCUCAAGUUCAAACAGGAUGAGAUCAAGCGACUCCAGCGGGCUCAGUUAUUUGCUAAAAGAGAACAUGAAGGUGUCGUGCAAAUGCUGGAGGAUCUGGUGCAGCUUGUAUUGCACAGAGAGCUGGCAAAAGUUCGGGAGCUGGAGGAGAAAUGCCGCAGUCAGAGCGAGCAGUUUGGGAUGCUAUCACAGGAAUUGGAUAAAUUCAGGGUUCAGGCCUCAAAGAUCGACCUGUCGGGCCCCGACCUGUUGUCCAGCCCCAGCCUGACCCAGCUGACCAAUGGGGUCGGCCUGCCCGGUGAGACAGGCACAAAUGCCUCAUGGGAAGACAUCGCGUUCUGGAGUUUGGAGGGUAAUGAAGCCCUCUGUGAUGCCUCUGAGUCUGAUGUGGCUGCGGUUUUGCGGAUGGGCUCCACGCCACACGCGGCUGAACUGUCACGUCCCGAACGCUCACCGACCGUCAAACACAGAGAGCUGCCCACCAUCAGCGUGUCCAUCAGGUCCGGCUCCACGUCCAGCCCUACACCCCCCAAAUCUGAGACCACUCACCUCUCACCCAAAUCAGCUGGAUCUCACCCGGCCAGCCCCCAAAAGACCAGCCCUACACAUGAGGUGGACACUGCUAGUGAAGUUGAGGAGUUGGACAUUGACAUUUCUCCGGCGCCGUAUUCAGUCACUAAAGGAGCAGCAAAACUCCAGGUCUUCAUCGCACGUUACAGUUACAAUCCAUAUGAGGGUCCUAAUGAUAACCCAGAGGUCGAGCUGCCCCUCACAGCAGGGGAGUACAUAUACGUCUAUGGAGAUAUGGAUGAUGACGGCUUCUAUGAGGGAGAGCUGAUGGACGGCAGAAGAGGCCUCGUUCCCUCUAACUUUGUGGAGCGUGUGUCAGAUGACGACUUCAUGAGCUCACACCAUAACCAGGCAGGCGAUAUUUCCCAUAAUUCCUUCCAGGAAAGCAGCUUCCACAGCGGCAGCGAGCGACUGCACCGACACCACUUACGUUUUGCCCACAGCGCCUCCGAGAGGACAGAGACCUCCACAACAGCCUCGGCUCCUGGUGACAAUGCCAAAGCAAACCCCUCUAACCCUGCCCUGGCCGCCCCGCUCACUAACGGCUUGGACUUGGAUCUAGAAGAGGUUGGGGUGGACACUGUGCCUUACCCCCGCAAGCUAACGCUAAUCAAGCAGUUAGCCAGGAGUAUCAUCAUUGGCUGGGAGUCUCCGCUGGUCCCGGUUGGCUGGGGUUCUGUGUUUAGCUAUAACAUCUACGUGGACCACGAGUUGCGGCUCAAUGUGCCAUUUGGUAGCCAAACGAAGGCUGUUCUGGAGAGGCUAGAUUUGGCGCAGAAGGCAUAUCGGAUUGCGGUGCAGUGCCUGACGGAGCGAGGCAACUCGGAUCAGCUGCGUUGCACUAUACUAGUCGGACGGGACGUGUGCGUGGCGCCGACUCACCUGCGCGUUGAACGCGUAACGGCUACCUCAGCCAGUCUAACCUGGCUGCCUAGCAACAGUAACUAUGUGCACAUUGUGUCUUUGAACGAUGAGGAGUGCGAGCUGGUAAAGGCAGGAUGCUAUUCACUGUGCCUCAGUAACCUCACACCCAAAAUGCAUUACAACAUUAAAGUGGAAGCUAGGCCGCACCGCACAGCAUGGGAACUACCACAGGAGUGCCGAGAACGCAAAACCGCAGUGACCUCUUUCACAACCCUGACCGCAGGUCCUCCUGAUGCUCCUCUGGAUGUGCAGUUGGAGCAGGGCCCAUCUCCGGGAAUAGCUCAGAUCAGUUGGCUGCCUGUUACUAUAGAUGCCGCUGGGACGUCCAAUGGUGUUCGAGUCACUGGCUACACCAUCUAUGCUGACAAGAAGAAGGUAUUGGAGGUGUCGUCACCCACAGCAGGCAGCGCUCUGAUUGGUCCAUCUCAGAUCCAGACAUUACAGGCGGCUCAUGAGCUCACCGUACGGACCAUGUCAGCUUUUGGUGAGUCGGUGGACUCCUCGCCGGUGAAUGUGCCCACCAAAUUGCCUGCCAUCAUGUCCGGUGUCUCACUGCCUCAAUGCCAGUCUGUGCCAGCCACCGCCAGUGUCCUCAUGGCCAGUGCCAACCCAGAUCCCGCUGUCUGUGCCACAUCUCUCUCUGCUGCCAAAACGCCCAUUCUGCCACACGCUGCUACACUGGACGAGCAUACCACUGGUCCUGUUCGGGGCGUCUAUGUCAAUCCACCCAAUGCAGGCGCUCGUGAGGUCCCUUCGUCUACUGCAUCUUAUGUAGAAGCCUGGACAUACCCAACAUCAGCUGCACCUCUGACGGUUGCAACGCCAGGACAGGAGGCACUGCCACUAUAUGCUUCACGUACUAACUCAAUGGUGAGUUUAUCUGCACCCCUGGUUACACCUGCACCCAUGGUCAUAUCUGUUGCUACACCAACAUCCAUGGCCGUACCUGCUCCCUUGACCACACCAGUGUACAUGACCGUGCCAGGUCCUGUGGCACCUGUCGCCAUGCCUGUGCCCAUACCUGCACCUGUUGUUGUACCUGCAUCAGUGCCAGUGCAGUCCAGUGUGGCUCCUGCUGUGCAGAACCCAGGCAGAGAGACCGAAAGCCCAGGAGGUCAGCGUCCUGUUGCCUCUCUCUCCGACUUCUUGGAGGACCCCCGUGCCAAACUUCACACACCACCAUCCAAUACUACCUCCCCAAAAGUGAACAUUCCAGGAAAGGACCCUCUGGAUGUUCCAGAUACGCACCCACUGAGGCCUCCCAAUCCAUCACCCUUUGAGUCAGAGGCUGAGGAGGACAGGGAAAACACCAGGCUUGUGUCCAUAGAGGAGUUCCUGCGGCCUGUACCUCAACCUCGAAUAAAGGUCUAUGCUGGUGGCCUUAUGGACCCUCCCCCAGACUACCAUGGGGAGAGCAGUCGGUCUGAUUUGUCUGAUAUACUGGAGGAAGAGGAGGAUGAUCUGCACUCGGAGCCAAUUGGUGACGUCCCCUCCAGAGGUUACAGUACAGCUCCAUCAGGCAGGUCCGAAAUGUGGGAAACUGACAGUGAUGAAGACAUUUUAGAGAGGAUUAUAAAACUCCCUCCUCAAGCCUACCACAACAAGCAGCUCUUCAGCAUUCCAGAAGUUACAGAAGAGGAAGACAACACUGAAUCGGAAUCCCACUCUAGAUCUUCCCCAAGCCGGACUGCUUCUGGCAAGAACCGUCAGUGUGGACAUGAGAGUCGACGACAUUCUCCAAACCAUCACAAUCGUAGACAUAAAAUGGAAUCUGAUUCGCCCGUAGAGAGGUGCAAAGGGACUGCGCAAGUCAGGAGUAGACCCAGAGUGCAUUACGCUGACACAGUGGACACCAUCAGCUAUAUGGAUGAGGAGGAGGAAGAGGAGGAAGAGGACUCUGACAGUAGUCUGUAUGCUGGGCCUAGUUCUGUUAGUGUGGCUGCACGCCGCAAACCACACAAAGGCCAUGGCGACCGACUCAGGAGAGAAGCCUUGCUCCGUAGCCAGAUGACUUCAGGAACAGUGCAGGGACCGUAUUUGCUUAGCAAGACCAUACACCGUGUGAAGUCGCCCACUGGACGCUCAACAGAGAUUGACGUAGAGUAUGGAACUGAUAAUGACGAGGAGCAUCAGCUGUUUGAUCCUGGAGAAGUGGUGUUAGACCAAAUGAGCUCGGAGUGGUGGGUGGAAGGCAGUAACAAUGAGUACCAGCACUUGCCCCUGAAAUGCAGACCCCAGCCAGAGCUGCCCCCAAGCAGCCGCUCAUGGGAGACAGGUGGAAGAGAAGCAUCGUUGGCAGAUCCAGGUGCAAUGUGGUGCGAUGUCACUCCAAAAUCGCCACGCUCUGAAAUUAGACUGCACAGAGAACCCAGAACAUCUGGAGAAGAUGAGGUGAGAGUGUUUGUUGCCCUCUUCCCGUAUGAUCCUGCAUUCAUGUCCCCCAAUCCUGACGCCGCUGAGGAGGAGCUUCCCUUUAAAGAGGGCCAGAUUAUCAAGGUUUAUGGGGACAAAGAUGCAGAUGGUUUCUACCGAGGCGAGGUGGGUGGCCGUCGUGGCUUUGUGCCGUGUAACAUGGUUUCAGAGAUCCAGGUUGAUGAUGAGGAGACCAGAGACCAGCUCCUGAAGCAGGGCUUCCUCUCCACCGAGGCGUCGAUGGAGAAGAUAGACGCCCUCUUACAUGCACAGCUUCCACACCGUCCCACUGCGCCGCCGAAACCUAGACGCUCCAAGAAAGUGGAGUCGGCUGCGGUGUUGGACGGCACGUCUGCUGUCGACUGCUUCAGUCAAGACCUCAGUCGCUCCGCCGGCCCGAUGGGGAGCUCCAGACCUCGCAGGAUGGUGGCCAUCUUUGAUUACGACCCGAGAGAGAGCUCUCCUAAUGCAGACAUAGAGGCUGAACUGACCUUCAGCGCGGGCGACGUCAUCUAUGUGCUCGGUGACAUGGACGACGACGGCUUCUACUAUGGAGAUCUGAAUGGACACAAAGGCCUCGUGCCGUCCAACUUCCUGCAAGCUUUUCCAGAGACGGAAGAGGACACUGUGCGAGUGGAGCACACGGAGACAGAGAAGCGCAGGGAUUCACAGGUGAGCCAGACAGAGUCGUCUGAGCAUCUUGUUCCCGUAGGCUCCUCUCAACUAGACCUGAAUCCACCAGCUCAGCCAGAACUCAAUCCUGAGCAGAAACCGACCCUGAGCUCAUCUCUGCCCGCCUCCCUGUCCGAGAAAAAGAAGAAAGGCUUCUUCUCCAAGGGCAGGAAGCUCUUCAGAAAGCUGGGCUCCAGCAAGAAGGAGUAGCUGUGAGCCUGAAGAUCUACAGAUUGCACUUUUUCUCGUAUGUGGUGUCAGUUUGAGUGUGUGUCCGACUCCGUCCAGUAGGAGAAUCGUUCUCAUUGAUGUUUGCCAUAAUAACGCAGAUUUACCAGCGCUUUCAUGUGUCAGACUGUUUAUUCCUUUCAAAUAUAAUCGCAAUGCUUGCGCAAACUGGGAAAUGGGUUUAAACCCAUUAAAUGCCUGUUGAAAAGCUAUAAAAAUACUCAUUUUAUGAGUAAAAAGAUAGCGCUAUAUUCUAAAUAAACACUUAACUUCAAUAUAACCGCAUUUAGACAUGAACUAAUCAUCUGCUAGUGUUCACAAACAUCAUCCACACUAAAAUAAAGCGAAGGUUGGCGACAAAAUAAUUUUUUGUCACUACAAAUAUAUUUUGCACUACAAAUAGGGUCCAAGACUGCCUUUAUCCGGAUAAAGGUAGAGGAAUACAAACCGGUUAGUUCGUUAAACCAAUACAGACUGAACUGAACUCAAAUUUUUGCAUAUUAAUUCAUCCAUUUUUACUGGCGAAAAUCUGAAUGAUCACCGACUGGCCAAAACCUUUUCAUAUCCAUCUCACAAUAUUUUCCGCAGUUUCAGAUUAUUGAAUUGUUGUUGUAUUCUACUUAAAAUAUUGUUUUAUUAUAUUCUACACACUACUGUGUGGAAGCCACUGAAUAAAAAAUAAAAUAAAGGUUUUCGCGACUUUUUAUCUCAUGAUUCAGACUUUUUCUCACGAGUUCACAUCUCACAAUUGUGACUUUUUUUCUCAAAAUUCCAAGAUAUAAACUUUACAUUUAAAGUUCUAAAGUUGGAAUUGCGGAAUCCAAAUUUGCAGUGCUUUUCUCACAAUUCGGACUUUCCUCGCAAUUCUGACUUGUCUCGCAAUUCUGACUUGUCUCGCAAUUCUGACUUGUCUCGCAAUUCUGACUUUUCUCGCAAUUCAGACUUUUCUCGCAAUUCU